AUGUCCCUCCCCGCGCCUCCGGUCGACCUCGUCGGCCAUUGCUCUAUCAUCCAUAAUAAUACCCUCUACGUCUAUACCCCCGCUGCUUUCCUGUCCCUGCCGUUAAAGCGAGAUGCGAAGUGGAAAACGCUGCCCAUGGGCCAGGUGGUGGAGGGCGCUGCCUGUGUCAGGGGCAGUGUUGACGGCAACCCUAACAAUCUAGGCCUCUACCUCGUGGGUGGGAAGAGCAAGUCUCCAGACUAUCUCGGUCUACAGCGAUAUUCGUUUGCGGAUCAGAAGUGGGAGUCCAUCAUUCCUGUCUCGAAAGACGUCCAAAACCGCGUCAACCACGCCGCCAUUUAUAUCAACGCCUCCGCAUCCCUUCUUGUCUAUGCCGGUUCGCAAGCCGAAGAUUCAAACCCCUCGACACAGUCGUUCCUGAUAUCCGUUACGCCUCCACACAACGUGCGGUCCUUUAACUCCUACGUGCCUCCCGCAUUCCGUCCUAUCCUUUUACCAUGGAGUGAAGACAAAGCCGUUAUGGUUGGUGGCGGUCCUGGAAAUACAAAAGUUUUCUCCUUCAACGCAGAACAAGGGUGGCAGGAUACAGGUGCCAACCUCGCGAAACCCUUACCUGAGAUGUCCAAAGUGCGAUGCGCCAUGGUUUUAGGCAAUGACGGCAGCAAGGUCCUGGAAGUGUUCGACAUGAGCGUCUCUCCGAACGCCGUUAGUAGGUAUACCAUGGUAACACCGGGAGGCACCCCGGCGCCGCCUGGUCAAGAGGUCGGAAUCGCCAGGCCGAAACGCCGCAAAAGGGAGCUUACUCUGGCCAGCUACCCUUCGUAUAACGGCACGUUCGCCCCCAAGACGACGCGCAGUGAGUACUCGCUUGCGCAGGAUGCAAACGGCCUUGUUGUCAUCUCGGGAGGCAACAAACAGGAUCCAAUCGCGCUCUUCGACCAAUCUCGAAACAGUUGGCUCAAUACCACUGAUUUCUUUGUAGAUUCGGUCAAAGCAGCGCAGGUCACGCCCACGCCAACGGGCACCUCCGAUGGACGCACGGGGAUGAUCACAGACAUCGUGGUUCCAACGACAACAGGUUCCGCCGCCGCUGCUGGGUCCAACCGACGGACUCUAACGAUAAUCGGCGCGACUCUAGGGGCACUCCUAGGCCUGGCUGCUCUCCUGAUCAUCGUCCUUCUGCUGCUUGGGUGGAAGAGGCGCAGGGGCAAGUAUCCUAGCGACGAGAAGAGUGAGCAUCGGUUGAGUGAUGGCGACCAGUUCGACUUCCAGGACCAAGGCAUGCAACCCCUGACGCGGAGUGUGCAGCCCAUGGCACGGGGCCCGGUUCCAUCCUCCGAUAGCUGGGCCCUUGUCACCGGCAAAGCAGACGACCUAUCUAAACCGGCGACGACGUUCGAUGACAUGUUGACUGGCAAGCCUAGCAAGGGAGGCAGCCCGCUCCGAAACGUGGAAACGGUUCCAACGUCCGAGACCAAACCGACGUUAGGAGUGCCGCUCCCUAGUGACGGGAGCCAACGGCUCACGGACGAAGGGUGGAGCAAGUAUUUCCAGAGCGACACGGCGUCGGGAUACAACAAUAACAACUACCCCAACGGGCUGCGGUCCACGACGUCGUCGCAGGACUCGAAAUCCGACUACCACGGGACGUCGUGGGGUGGCGUGGGCGACUUCAAAGCCGGGCCGCCGCCGGGGCGAGAACAACCGCACCCGCUGGGCCAGGUGGCGUCGGGCAGCCCCAGCACGGAGCAUGUGCCGACGUUCGGCAGCCUGGCGGCGACGAACAGCAUGCGGGCGAAGAUCUCGAGCGGCGACUCAAUCAGCAUCGCGUCGGACGAGUAUGACUUUGAGCAGGCGGUGGCGGAGGUCGGGGGCCGCAGCACGGUCGACGACCGCGUGGCCAGCAGCACGUACUCGGCCAGCCUGUACGUGCCGCACGACUCGAGCUCGUUUGUGCUCCCGAGCGACACGGACCGCUGGACGCGCGACGGCGGCGAGUCGAUGGUGUCCAACGCGCGCACGACCGGCCCGCCGCCGCUCAUCAGCUCGGACAUCAGCUGGCUGAACCUUGGGAAGAAACGGUGA